AGCGUGUGAAGGGGUAAGAAUCUAAUCGUGUGCGGAGAAUAGUGUGGAUAUCGAAAUUAACUCGUUUAUGUGUCGUUGGAAGAAAGAGAAAAAUGGCAAAAAAUAAGAAAAAACACAAGAGUGCCCUGAACUUCAGAGGAAAAAAGAUUUUACCACAGGCUAGAAUUCAGCUGAAUGAACUGGUGGACCAAGUUCUGCAAAAAUGCACAACCUUGGCACCACAGAAUCCUAAACAAGAGUGGGAAGAAUAUCGAGAAAUUUCCAAGAUUUUGCAAAAGAUAUGUACUAUUGAAAAAGAGUACAUGUUGCCACUACCAGUUCGACAAAACCACUGGGAAGGGUUUCUAGCAUGGUGUAAACAGCAUGGUACUCAAAGUGAUAAAGUCACCAUUCAGCCCUUGGAUAAAGAAGAAUAUGGUAUUGUAGCAAAAAGUGAACUGAAGGAAGGUGAAGUUUUCCUGACUGUACCUCGAGAUUUGAUAAUGAGUACUACAACAGCACAGAAAUCAAAAUUAGGUCCACUGUUAGAGAAAGAUGCUAUCCUUCAAGAAAUGCCAAAUGUUGUCUUAGCUUUACACUUAUUGCUUGAGUAUUUUGAUCCUGAAUCUUUCUGGCAGCCAUAUCUUUCAAUUCUCCCAGCUGAAUAUAAUACAUCUUUGUACUUCACUUGUGAAGAACUGGAAGAAUUACAAGGCUCACCAGCACUAGAGGAGACUGUGAAGACCUCCCGAAACAUUGCCAGACAGUAUGCUCAUUUCUAUAAAACGUUUCAAUCUAAUCCUGCAGCAAAAAGUUUACUGCUAAAAGACUUCUUCACAUAUGACUUUUACAGAUGGGCAGUAUCAACGGUAAUGACAAGGCAAAAUUCUGUUCCGACACCAGAUGGGGCUUCAAGAAUCCAAGCACUCAUUCCUUUGUGGGACAUGUGUAAUCAUGUAAAUGGAAUAGUAUCUACAGACUUCAAUAUUGAGAAGAAUCAACUGGAAUGCUUUGCCAUGAAAAAUGUAAAUGUAGGAGAACAGGUAAAUCAUAUUUUCAAUUUGUUGUAUUAG